AUGUGAAUCAAUGAGGAAGAGAGUUGCGGAGAAAAUCCCCACAAAAAGAGAUUUUUUUAUAUAUAUAAAGUAGUAGUAGUGCAAGAGUGAAGCUUCCUUCCUUCUUUUCUUUCUCUUUUUCAAAGUGAUGAAGGCACAUGGGCGGCACAAUCAGUGCCGUCUAGUGUAGGAGGGAUUAUGUAUAUAUCUGUGUCUGCUCUCUUACUCUCUCCAAGAUCUUAUCCAAGUCUUUCUUGCAAGCUAGCUAGCUAGGUGGUGGUUGAUAGAGUUACUUGGGGAGGUAGUUUUGUACUUCAACUGGUCAGGAAAUAAGAUAAUGGACAGUAACAAGCAAGGGGCUUGUUUUUCUUCUUCUUCUUCUUCAUUCACAGCCGAUCUUUUUGGCACCACUGAAUCAGCACCAGUAUCUUCAGCUGGGAUUUUUGCUUCUAUGUUUCCACCUCCGUCUACGGUUGUAGGGAGGAAGUCUUCAGGCUCUGAGGUGACAGGAUCUUGGCAAAAACAGUCCUAUGGAAAUCAAGCGUGGUACCCCAAACAAGGAUCUCCAGCCAAUAGCCAGGCUGCAAGCUAUAGCAUGCCAGACAAGGACAGAAAUUCAGUUAUCCAGGAAGAAAGAGUGGAACCAUGUCAUCUAAGUUCAUCCCUUUACUACGGUGGACAAGAAAACUACUCUCAAUCCCCAAGUACUCAAAUGGCUGGAUCAUAUCCCAUAUUCAAGAAAGAUGGGGGAGAAGAUGAUCCUAACGGCAGCAACCCUCACAGUGCUUCCAGAGGAAAUUGGUGGCAAGGUUCGCUUUAUUAUUAGGACCGUGCUUCCCUUGGCAAAUGAACUCUCCACCUAUUUUUUAAGGAAUUCAUGAAGCCUAUGUGAUAAUUAUGAAAGACAUGUGUAAUAAUUAGGUAGCUGACAUGGAAAGAUACUGUCAGCUAUUUGUAAUGGUUUUUAACAAGGGCCAAAACCAUCAUGAAUUCAUGUCACAUGAUUUCGAUAGUUGCAGUGUCAAUAAUGUUCAGGAAGCUGCACAACACUCGCUACCAGUUUCUGCUCUUACCUAGGCUGUUCAAUAAGGUUCAAAUGCAUUGCAUUGAAUUUUAGCGUCUUGAUAUCCAACUCUUAGUUUGUCAAGUUUAUGCGUCAUUAAUGAUGUUUGUAGAAAUAUAUGAAAGGUAAACACAAUAAAUAAGCUCUCAAUCUUCUUAUAA